AGCCGCUCGGCGGGCAGGGCCGGCAGACAGACAGACACACGGACAGACAGACACACACACAGACAGCUCGGCAGCAGCCACAGCAGCGACAGCAGCCACAGCAGCGACCGUCCGUCCCCACGGCCAUGGGGCUCGGCCGGCUCCCCGCACCCCGCCAUUGGCUCUUUUGGUGGGUCCUGUGCCCCGCGCAGGCUGUGGCUGAGCAGGGGAGGUCCUGCAGCCCUGUCACACUGUGCUGAGUGUGGCUGCUCUCCCUGCACAACUCCUUCAGCUCAUUUCGUGUGAGAUCUCUCUCUUCCAAGUUGCAAACUUUUCUCCAUGGCUUAAUCAGAUAUCAAAGCAUGUCUCUCUGAUGGAAUGUACAACCCUAUAUGAUCCCAUCCUUCAGGAACUAAAUUCCAAGACAAAGAAUACAGUUUCUAACAGUUUGCUUGUUUUAAUGUAUGGCUUGGUCUCACACACAAAACCUGACUUUUAAUUCCUGUACUCAGAAAGACAAGGGUCUGUCUUCAGCAAACCCUCAUCAGGAGAGGUUAUCAACAGGACAGAGAGGUGGAAGGAACUUUGAAGCACUGUGAGAAGGUGAAAGGAAAUUCCCAGCUUGUCCUUUUUUCAAGCCUGUUUGGGGAAGAUGAAGCUUCUCCCUUAUGGCUGGCUGUAGUGGGGUCAGUCUGUUCAGCCAGUGCUGACUGCCUGCUGCAGCCUCUCCUUUUUGCCUUACGUUGGAGCCUGUGCUUUUGGCCGGCGGUGGGGCAGAGCCCAAGGGGCAAAGAUGGUCGUGGUAAGGAGGAGGAAUGUGAAAAUGUUCACCUUUGCCUUUUUGCUGAUCACGGUGACGUCGUUUCUGCUGAACUACACGCACCAGGUGACCACGACCACCUGGGACCCCAGACAUCUCGUCGUGCAGUUUUCAGAGCACGUCCAAAAACUCUUCAGGUACCCCAGGAGACCUUGCAGCUGUCACACGUGCAUUUCAGAGCUGGGACAUUCCCUCUGGUUUGAUCAGAGAUUUAACUCAACUAUGCAACCUUUCCUGACCUCACAAAAUGCCUUGAUCCCAGAAGACAGCUACAGGUGGUGGCUGAAACUGCAGGGAGAGAAAGCUCCGAAGAGUUUGAAUGCCACUCUCACAGAGCUGUUUGGGCUCAUCCCUGGGGACAGGGACCCGCUGCAGGAGCGGGGCUCCUACACCUGCAGGCGCUGCGCCGUCGUGGGCAACUCCGGCAACCUCCGGCAGUCUCAGUACGGCCAGGAUAUCGACUCCCAUGACUUCGUGCUCAGAAUGAACCGUGCCCCCACUGCUGGCUAUGAAUCAGAUGUUGGGAGCAAGACCACUCACCACUUCGUUUAUCCUGAGAGCUACAAAGAGCUGGCAGCAAAUGUGAGCAUGAUCCUGAUCCCCUUCAAAACCCUGGACCUGCGCUGGGUUGUCACCGCUCUCACCACAGGCACCAUCAACUUAUCUGUACCUAUUGAGAUCCUGGUUUAUAAUCCAGCUUUUAUGAAAUACAUCUAUGAAAACUGGCUGGAGCAUCAUGGGAGAUACCCCUCCACAGGCCUUCUGUCCUUGAUGUUUGCUCUCCAUGUAUGCGAUGAGGUGAAUGUGUACGGCUUUGGAGCAGACAGCAAAGGACACUGGCAUCAUUACUGGGAAAACAACACUUCAGGUGGGGCUUUCCGGAAGACAGGCGUCCAUGACGGGGAUUUCGAGUUCAAUAUAACUUUGACUCUUGCCUCCAUUGAAAAAAUUAAAUUUUUCAAGGGCAGAUGACCCUGGCCACGGGGACAAGUGGGGGCUGCAAUUUCCAGCAUGCAGCAGAACAGAGCUCAGUGAAGAUGAUCUGGACACCAGCCAGGUUUGAAUGCGUGGAUCUGUGGUGGAUUUGGAGCAGCUCACACUGCAGGAACGAGGCUGAGGACCGGCUUCCAGGUUCCAAGCUGCACACAUUUUCCUAUCUGUGGAUAGCCAGGAGCUACCAAUCACUUGUGGGAAUAAAUUAAUCUCUGCUUAGGCUCUACAGCUCGAUUCUUGAAUUACUGAUGAAAGAUCUGCCUGUUGCAAUUAGAGGAAGCCUGAGCACAGGAACUGGUAUCUGUGUGUCUGUUCUCUCCUCGAGCAAGGCAGGAGAUCCUUGAAGAGGAGAGAAAAUGACUUCUGGGACUUGAGAUCCACUAAGGCAGCUGUGAACAUCAUAGUAAGGAUUACCUCAAAGAAAUGAAUUCACUUCUGCUGUUGAUCUUCUUUUUGAACCACCUCUUCUCUGUUCUCUUACUACUUCCGUUUUCAUGCUGUAUUAAGGAAAAACAUGAUGAAGUUGCCUGGAGGAGUAAAUAUUUCAACCAUUGCCUCAUUUUGCAUUGAUAGUGUCUAGAAAAUCAUCUCAUCUAUUAUUUAACAUUGUUUCCUACACUUCCUCCAUCCUAGUGAUGGAGAAAAUAAUACUGAAAACUCCAGAAAAAAAAAAUGGCCUUUUUAGCCACUUGUUUGUUUCAUUUGGUUAUGUGUA